UAACCUAAAAACAUGAUUUGUGCAUAAAAUUUGACAACAGAAUCGUCAGAUUCGUCAGGGAGUCGUCAUCAAAAUUUGUAGUUGGAGCUGAAAUUGUUUGUUAUCUCCGGAAUCUGAAUUUUACGUAGAUUUUCUUAAAAUACACUUGUUUUGAUCGUUAUUAUUUUCAAAACGUCGCGCCUUCAAUUAGCACAAGCCUCCGACUCGAUAACAUAAGCUGACGGGAUUUUUAUAAAUUUGCUGUUAAAAUGUCUUUAAAAAAAUCUGUUGUGCUCUUUCAAAAUAAAUGUGGUGUAAAAUGCAUUUCUCAAAGGACAAAUUCGUGGUGGACCGGCGUACAAAUGGGGCCUCCAGACGUCAUUCUAGGUGUAACCGAAGCUUUUAAGCGAGACACAAACCCAAAAAAGAUUAAUUUAGGGGUUGGAGCUUACCGUGACGAUAAUGGAAAACCUUAUGUUCUUCCAUCUGUUCGUAAAGCUGAAGAAAAAAUGAGGUCGAAAAAUUUAGAUAAGGAGUAUUCACCUAUAGGGGGACCGGCCGAGUUCUGUAAACGUAGUAUUGAACUAGCUUUAGGAGACUGCAAUGAUGUAGUAGAGAACGGUUUAAAUGCAACGAUACAGGGUAUAUCUGGUACAGGAUCUUUAAGAGUUGGUGCAGCAUUCUUAAGUGGAUUUUUCCCUGGUAAUAAAGUUGUAUAUAUUCCUGCACCAUCAUGGGGUAAUCAUACGCCGAUCUUUAAACAUUCUGGUUUGGAAGUAAAGCCAUAUAAGUAUUAUGAUCCAAAAACCUGUGGGUUAGAUUUUGCUGGGGCUUUGGAGGAUAUUUCAAAAAUACCAGAAAAGUCUAUUAUUUUGUUGCAUGCCUGUGCACACAAUCCAACAGGUGUUGAUCCCAGUAAAGAACAAUGGGCCGAAUUAUCGUGUGUUAUAAAACAGAAGAAUUUGUUCCCAUUCUUUGACAUGGCCUACCAGGGAUUUGCAACUGGCGAUGUAGACAAUGAUGCUUUUGCUGUUCGUUUAUUUGUCAAAGAAGGACACAAGAUAGUUCUCGCUCAGAGUUUUGCUAAAAAUAUGGGCCUGUAUGGAGAAAGAGUAGGCGCAUUUAGUGUAAUUGGCGAAAGCAAAGAAGAAGCUGACCGUGUAAUGUCUCAACUUAAAAUUCUCAUCAGAGCAUUCUAUUCCAAUCCCCCCAUUAAUGGAGCUAGGAUUGUAUCAGAAAUACUCGGCGAUGAAGAACUAAGAUCUGAUUGGUUAUGUGAAGUUAAGGGAAUGGCAGAUAGAAUUAUUUCCGUAAGAACCAAACUCCGUGAUAAUCUGAAAAAAGAAGGAUCGUCUAGAAACUGGGAACAUAUUACAAACCAAAUUGGCAUGUUUUGCUUUACUGGAAUGAAUGCCCAACAAGUUGAAAAAUUAAUCAAAGAAUUUAGUGUCUACCUUACAAAAGAUGGUCGAAUUUCAAUGGCAGGUGUUACAAGUAAAAAUGUAGACUAUCUCGCCCAUGCUAUUCACGCCGCCACCAAAUAAUAAGUAUUAUUACAGUCUUGUUUUGUUAUAGGAUAUACACAGAAUCGGUAUUUUUUUAUUUGUUUUGUAAAUUACUUUUUUAUUGUUUAUUUUUUUUUAAAUUGUUCAAAGCUUAAGAUCAAUAUUUUGAAAUUAUACAUUUAUUUUACCCAUGUUAUUAAAAGGCCAUAAACAGAAA